AUGUCGGACGAUACCAACAACGAUGCUCCUCCUCACACUACGAUAGAUGAUUGUGAUGUCAAUUGGCAAUAUAUGGGAGAUACUUGGGGGACGAACCAUACUGAUGAUCCACUGGUAGGAGACUAUCAUCAUGGUACAUUCACCAGUACUACCAUCCACAGAGCUUCCGCGAGAUUAUGUUGGACUGGAACCAAUGCUGAGAUCUUGGGAGCUAAGCGUAACAAUCAUGCACUGUACACUGUAACAGUCGAUAAUGGAGAGAUCGAAUGGUUAAAUGGAUAUAGUGAAAAGGCUCAGAUCCAAGCUACACUGUAUAAAACCGAAGGAUUAGAAUGGGGUAAUCAUCAGAUUACUUUGACUAGUAUGCCUAAAACGAAUAUGACGGCAAAAGAUCAUAUUUGGUUUGAUAUUGAUUAUGCCGAGAUUGACGGUUGGCCUAUCGAUUGUAAAGAUCUACCUGAGAAUACCGUCUUACCUCCAACUGGAACUAUUGCACCUGCACUGUCUACGACCUACCCCGCUUCCAAUGCCACGCCUGCCAAUUCAACUGAAACGGGUACUGGUAAUUCAACAAGUAGUACUAUAUCAUCUUUCCACACCAACUCUACCGCGACACUUAUCAAAGCUCCAUUGGCAACGUCGAACGGUACGGCGACUUUAGCCAAUUCGACGGCUGUGAUCAGUCCUACUACAACCAUCAGGAUGAGUUCACCGUCUUCUUCUGUCCAAGCGUCUGGAGUGUCUAGCAACUCCACUACAACUUCUUCUGGAGCUUCCAGCUUGACUCAUUCACGCAUAUCGAAUGGGAUUCAUUGUCAAUUAGCUUUGAUCGGUAUGGUGGGUAUCUAUCUCUUCAAGUGGAUCUUUUAA